AUGCAUGCAGAUGAUACCAACAUCCAAAAGAAUACACCUUCGGAUUCACUAACUCAUGAUACUGGAGGAUCGUCAUCUCCCUCAACACCACAAAUCGAUAGCAUACCUCCGAUUUCACAAGCAACUGUAGAUGGCCUCUAUCAUUCUUUGAUGAGUUUUAUUCAACAAGAUAAUGGAAGAAUAUUUGUUGAACAAAUGAUUCAAUCGAUCAUUCCGAAAUAUUUAAAAGAAACCUCUGCUCCCACUUUUUCAAAAAAUGUUGGAGAGGAGUCUUCAUAUGGACUUGUAGAAAAUUCAUAUCAAUUUUCGAGGACCACAGAUGAAAAUUCACCAUUUAAAUUGCUCACGAAUCAACAACAAAACUUGUUAUUCUUUAUUGUCGGAGCUGCAGCUGAAACUUACAAGAAAGUUGUUCUUGGGCAACAUCAACAAGAGCAUUUAUCCAAAUUUGAUAUUGACAAUGCUGAUAACGCUCGUCAAUUGGAUAAUUAUGAACAAGAUUUAAUUCGGCUCAAAGUUAAAUUAUUCUUUGAGGAAAUUGAAAGAAAUGUAAAACAAGGCGUUUCAAAAGAUAAAAUAGGAUGGCUCCUCAAACAAUUGAAAAAGCGUGACACCAUGGUCCAACAAGAGUUUGAUGUGGAAGGAAAUAUUAUCACAGAAAAUUCAACCGCCGAAAGUCAAUUGUUGGACGAUAUGGAGGCAUUCCUAGAAAAGUCAUUAUAUGAAGAAGAAACUGAGCUUUUCAAAACAUUAUAUCCUAAAGCUGAUGAAUGCUCUAAAUACAGCGGAGUUUUAUUUGUAGGAGGAUUGUAUACAGAUUGGUAUCCAUUCUAUUUUCAUGGUUUAAAGAAGCAUUUAAACGAAUGUGGAAUGAAAUUCAAAAUUUCUAAGGUUAAUUCUGGCGGGUCAUUAGAAAAGAAUGCUCUAUUUCUGAAAAACGAAAUUAUUGAAUAUUCAAAAGAAUUGAAUGUCACGAAAGGUGUGUUACUAAUAGGCCACUCUAAAGGAGCCUGUGAUGUACACCGAACACUUUCAAAAUACGAAAAUGAGUUAAAAGAUCAUGUUAAAGGAAUGAUUGCUCUGCAGGCUCCUUUUGCAGGCUCUGCACUUGCCAAUGACAUUUCUGAAUAUGGAGCAAGCAAAAUUGCAUUACUUUCCAUUCUAGUUGAGGAAAUUUUGGGAGGUGAAUUGCAAGCGAUAGAGGAUUUGAGCUAUGAAAAUAGAAAGAGAGUAAUUGAAGAAUACCCAUACAACAAUGAGACAUUUCCUUGCAUUUCGGUGAGCAGUCAUUACCAAGCGCCUUCAUCCUUGUUAUAUCCCGCAAUUUCUUAUUUGAAUAUGAGAUAUAAUGUUAAAAAUGAUGGAAUGGUAAUUACCAUGGAUGGAUACAUUCCAGGAUGUAAAUAUAUUGUAAUUCCUGAAAUGGAUCAUUCAGGAGGUGCAUUUACUGGCUUUCCCAACCUGAGUGAAUAUGAUCCUGCCAAAUUAGCCUUAACUCUGGUUCAUAUUUUCCACCAUUAUUUUUCACACAAGACGAACCAGUUGCAAUGA